UCGCUUAGCACAACACGAGUACACUCGGCAUACCCGAAUUCUGUUGAGAGAUUUUACUCCUGCUACAGGGGAACGAAUGGUUCGACCAAGUAUAACUUAUGAAGCCAUGGCAUGCAUCGAAUAAAACGAAAAAAGGACACAUCGCUUCUGUCUAAAGCCGUUAUAUGCGGACAUCUAUAGAUACGCGCGACCAUUAAAUAUUUCACCCGCGGCGAAUGUGCACUCAUCUUCUUGGCGAUGGAUCCGUGGAUGCUGUUUUGCGUCCUCGCCAUUGUGAAAAGUAGCCUUGCGGCGGAUACCGAGGAGCGAUUGGUGGAGCACCUCCUCAACCCCGCCCAUUACAACAAACUGAUCCGCCCGGCGACCAAUGGCUCGGAGCUGGUGACGGUGCAGCUGAUGGUGUCCCUGGCCCAGCUGAUCAGUGUGAAUGAGAGGGAACAGGUCAUGACCACAAAUGUUUGGCUAACACAGGAGUGGCAGGACUAUCGGCUGACUUGGGUCCCGGAGGAGUUCGAUGGGAUGCUGAAGGUCAGACUGCCCUCCAAACACAUUUGGCUGCCCGAUGUGGUGCUGUACAACAAUGCUGAUGGGAUGUACGAGGUGUCCUUCUACUCCAACGCGGUGGUCUCGCACGACGGCAGCGUCUUCUGGCUCCCUCCCGCCAUCUACAAGAGCGCCUGCAAGAUCGAGGUCAAGCACUUCCCCUUCGACCAGCAGAACUGCACCCUCCGCUUCCGCUCCUGGACCUACGACCGCACCGAGAUCGACCUAGUCCUGAAGACCGACGUGGCCAGCAUGGACGACUUCACGCCCAGCGGCGAGUGGGACAUCAUCGCCCUGCCGGGCCGCCGAAACGAGAACCCGGCCGACACCACCUACGUGGACAUCACCUACGACUUCAUCAUCCGGCGCAAGCCCCUCUUCUACACCAUCAACCUCAUCAUCCCCUGCAUCCUCAUCACCUCGCUGGCCAUCCUGGUCUUCUACCUGCCCUCCGACUGCGGGGAGAAGAUGACCCUGUGCAUCUCCGUGCUGCUGGCCCUCACCGUCUUCCUGCUGCUCAUCUCCAAGAUCGUGCCGCCCACCUCGCUGGACGUCCCGUUGGUGGGGAAGUACCUGAUGUUCACCAUGGUGCUGGUGACCUUCUCCAUCGUCACCAGCGUGUGCGUGCUGAACGUGCACCACCGCUCCCCCACCACCCACACCAUGCCGCCCUGGGUGAAGCUGGUCUUCCUGGACAAGCUGCCCGCCCUGCUGUUCAUGCGGCAGCCCCGGAACAACUGCGAGCGGCAGAGGCUCCGUCACCGUCGCAGGGCCAAGGAGCAGCGGGACGGGGGGCGGCCGGGGGCCCGGGUGAUGGCGGGGCUGGGGCUGGCUGGGAUGGGCUUCCCCAAAGAGAGCCCCGACCCCUGCACCUGCUACGUCAACCGCGCCUCCGUCAAGCAGCUGGGGGGCGAGCUGGGGGGCGGCGGGGCCGGUUCCCCGGACGGACUGAACGGACUCAGGGAGGGUCGGGAAGGGGCACCCGCCCCCCUCCAGUCCUCCAGCCUGGCCCGGGGCAAGCAGCAGGGCCCCGCCCUCACACACGCCCUGCUGGGGCAGGCCGUCCCUGGGUUCGAGGAGGCAGUGGAAGGGGUGCGGUUCAUUGCCAACCACAUGAAGAGUGAGGACGACGACCGGAGUGUAAGCGAGGACUGGAAGUACGUUGCCAUGGUGAUCGACCGCCUUUUCCUUUGGAUUUUCAUCUUUGUCUGCGUCUUUGGCACUGUGGGCAUGUUCCUACAGCCUCUCUUCCAGAACUACACAGCCAAGACCAUCACCCACACACCCGGCUGACCAAUCAAUGCUUCCGGCCUCAUAGACGGAAAACUGCCCUCAGCCAAUCCAAAUCGGACUGGGGGACAACGGGACGAGGGAGAGACCUGCCGAAAGUGAUUUCUACUCAUCAUGAACCUGGCUUUAUUGACUGCCACGCCCAGCUAUGUUUAUAUAAACUUGCAAAAAUAGAAGACAGAAAGCAUACUGCUUUUGGGGAGUCCUCCCUUCCAAUCCCCACCUCUUCCUUUUUGAGAGACAGCAGCAUAAGCCAGUCAGGGAAAGAGGACACACCUGUUUACUUCAUUGACUGCUAUGCCAGCCAAUCACACUCAACUCUCGAAGCAGACAGGGAUAUGAAGACACCAACACAUUCCCUGCCCAAAUGCUACACACCUUGCAACAGCUUCAGGGGUCUCUUGAAUGACAACUGCACAUGCCAAUCAAAACAAUAGAGAAGGACAAACAUGCAUUUCAGUUUGUUUCUUGAGCCACCUCUCCAAAAAACUUCCAUUCUUUAUCAUAAUAUAACAUAACAUGGUAUAGCAUCAAGUAUAUUGUAGCAUUAGGACAUUUCUAUGUGUUAGCAUAUAAAGGGAUAUGUUCCUGUUAGGGAGAUAUUGCUAUGGUCAAAUAUUGUAUAGUAAUAUAAAAUAAACAGGAAUGUGAUGUUAAGUGAACAUCCACACGUACACAUACACACACACACACACACACAAACACAUGUGUAUACGUUGAGAAAGCCAUGGUGUUUGAACAAUGAGGUUUACAUUCUGCGACAGCAAUAAACGAAUAAGGAAUAAAUCUUGCAAAAACAUUAGUAGCAAGAUUUGUUUGUAAAUUCAGUAUGUGAGUAUGUGCAUGUGCACGUGUGGUUGUAUGCGUCUCUGUACAUCGGAACAGCCCGGCCUAGUCUUAAUCACUGGCAAUCUUCCAAAAGGAAACUUCACAGUUUGGAAUCGAGUCAUGCUCUGUUACUUUCGUUCAACAGAGUCGUAGUGCCAAGACGCCUGUGAGUAUUAAUAGCAUAAAUGAAUUAAGGGAUUAAAGGGAUGUUUUUGUCUAUACUAAGAGUUUUAAUCUUUGACAACACAAUUGAAUAGUUUGUCUGGUUGUCUUGUCUCAUGUGGCAGUACCUUAGGCCCUCUGUCCAGUGCCUCUGAAGAACAGGAGCGUCUGAGUGCAUUACUGCUGUGCAUCCAUGAGUCAUAUGGAGCACGGUCUUAUUUAGUCUUAUGUUGUUCAGCUGUUUAAAAAAAAAAAAAGGUUCCACCUGAAUAUACAUGAAUAUAUUUUAUAUAAAAUAAAUAUAUGAAUAUAUUUACUCCUCUCCUCCCCUCCCCUCAAAAUAUCUUAUAUAUAUGUUUCAUUCUCUCAAUCUCAUUGCCUUACUCUCAUUCACUCUUCAUUCCACUUUCCUUCCGUCUCUCCCUCUAUCCAUCUCUUCAUUCCAUCCUAUGUUGCUGCUGAGUUUCCCCGCCCGCCCCUCCUCUGUCAAAGAGGACCAGAGCUGCUCUGCCUCUCUCUAUAGUAUCAGUCUAAUAAAGACCAUAGGUUCAGUUCCA